UCAAGAAAAAGAUGGCGAUGCCCACAGUCAGAAUGCGGAAAGCGCAUGCGCUUUUUUUUUGGCCGUGCGCGCAUCCUCCGCCUGAAGUUGCCCAUUCAGCCGGGUUGGAGAUGAAGAUCUUGCCUUGCUGAUACUAAUUAAGUCCGGGGCUUUGAGGCCUACACUUUGGGCAUUUGCAGUCCUCCUUAUCCUCCUCUCGUAGUCCUGAUUGAGGACAGUUGCAAUUCUCCAUGUGUUGGAGGUUUCUUUUUUCUUUCUCUCUCUCUUCCCCCCCAUCUCCCUAUGAAGGUUGUGCCUCUGGAACAAGGGGAAUCGUUUCACCGGGUUGUGAUGUGAAACAGCGAGUUCUUUGAACGUUCACUUUGUGUCUUCCGAACAACAAUACCAUGGAGGCCCCUCCAGUCACCAUGAUGCCUGUCACUGGUGGUACUAUUAACAUGAUGGAAUAUUUACUUCAAGGGAGUGUUUUGGACCAAAGCCUGGAGAGCCUUCUUCAUCGACUUCGUGGCCUAUGUGACAACAUGGAACCAGAGACCUUUCUGGAUCACGAGAUGGUGUUUCUUCUGAAGGGGCAGCAGGCCAGCCCAUUUGUCCUCCGCACGCGACGCUCCAUGGACAAACCUGGCACUCCUUGGCACUUGCGGUAUCUUGGGCAGCCUGAAAUGGGCGACAAAAACCGUCAUGCCUUGGUACGCAACUGUGUAGAUAUUGCCACCUCUGAGAACUUGACGGACUUCCUGGUGGAGAUGGGCUUCCGCAUGGACCAUGAGUUUGUGGCCAAGGGGCACGUAUUCCGCAAGGGCGUUAUGAAGAUUGUGGUGUACAAGGUUUUCCGCAUCUUGAUUCCAGGAAAUACUGAUAACAUCGAGCCCUUGUCGCUCUCUUUUCUUGUUGAGCUCAGCAUUGUAGCACCAGCAGGACAAGACAUGGUUUCUGAUGACAUGAGGAGUUUUGCUGAGCAGUUGAAGCCCUUAGUUCACUUAGAGAAAAUUGAUCCUAAAAGACUGAUGUGAACUAGAUGGCAGACAGCUAAAGCUUCAGUCCUUGCUGUUACAGAGAUCGAGGGAUUUCAGAAAGCUUUAAUUAAUACAGAGAAAGUUACUUUGCCCAGACCUCUUCAAAGAAAACAAAAUUAGGGAGAUUGGAUUGGUAUCUUAUUCAGUAAUAUAUGGAUUACUGUCCAGUGAUUCCAAAUAAACUUAGUGUUGCAUU